GUUAACUAUUAAACGAAAGUCUAGCAUGGGAUUGGUCAAGAGCUCGUAUCAGGUGAUGGGCGAAUCCCGGAAUCUCGGUUAUGCAAGGCGGAAGUAAGGACUGGGUUAUUUGCUAAACUGAAAAGUGUCCGAAAUAGAAAACACAAGAAACAUAUACCAUUGGGAAUCCUACUUCUACGAUUUAUGUCUGUUUUCUGAUUUUGAUUCCAGGUUCCAGAUAUCUCUGAUUCUACUACCCUUGCCGUGGCCUCCAAAACCUACCAACAACUUUUCAAAAGACUUCAACAACCUCCACCCGUGCUGCCUAACUUUUUGUGGCCCAGUCCAGGCACCUCUCACCAAGGGUAGCCUCCUCUCAGCUCCAUGGCGGGUCGUGGAGGACCAGCGAGACCCAACGGUCCAGCAGCUGGAAAUAAAAUCUGCCAGUUCAAGUUGGUGCUUCUAGGGGAAUCAGCUGUGGGGAAAUCCAGUCUGGUUCUGCGCUUUGUCAAGGGCCAGUUUCACGAAUAUCAGGAGAGCACUAUUGGAGCUGCCUUUCUCACACAGACGGUCUGCUUGGACGACACGACAGUCAAGUUUGAGAUUUGGGACACGGCCGGACAAGAGCGCUACCACAGUCUGGCUCCCAUGUACUACAGAGGAGCCCAGGCGGCCAUUGUGGUCUAUGACAUCACUAACACAGAUACUUUCACACGAGCAAAGAACUGGGUGAAGGAGCUGCAGAGACAAGCCAGUCCCAACAUAGUGAUCGCUCUGGCUGGCAAUAAGGCAGACAUAGCUAACAAAAGAGCCAUUGACCAACAGGAAGCACAAGCGUACGCUGAUGAUAACAGCUUACUCUUCAUGGAGACCUCAGCCAAGACUGCCAUGAACGUGAACGAAAUCUUCAUGGCCAUAGCCAAGAAGCUGCCCAAGAACGAGCCACAAGGUGGAGCUGGAACAGGGGGCCGGACCAGACCUGGUGUGGACCUACAAGAACCUGCCCCCCAGGGUCGCAGUGGCCAAUGCUGUGGUGGGAGCAACUAGCCAAUGGAAAUGAACUUACCAAGCGAGCCCUGAACAACAAUGUUGUCAGGAUGACAACCAAUUAGAGCCCAGCGAGGGCCGGAGACCGGAACCACUUAGCCCUCCGCACUUAAACUGAGAUUACAGAUGAGAUUUUCUCUUCCCCUUUGAUUGAAAGGAGUGUUUAAAAAAAAUCAUAAGCUACCACAGCCCUCUCUUAUUUCUUUUCCAUGUUGUUCUCUCUAUAUAUCUCUCUCUAUGUCUCCCUAUAUCUCUCUCUAUAUAUCUCGAUCUCUCUCUCUUUUUAUAUCACUCUCUCUUCCCCUCACUUCUUUGAAUCUUCUUCUCCCAUAAGCAACCUAUUUGUGUUAUUUAAUUCAAAUAUUACCUGGAUUAUGUCUUAAUGCUCUUGAGGAGUGUUAUCAUGGCCAUUGCUGUAACCUUCUUCGUGUCCAGCUGAUGGGUGCAUGCUACAUUUUCUUUAUUUUCUACCCCACUCCGAUCUUUUCCUUCCGUGUUGAUCUUCCUCAUCUGGAAACCCCCAAAAGAUCCUCAAAGGGGAAAAUGUGUCUUAACACCUCCCAGUUCUCUCUCUCCAUUUUUGUAAAUUAACAACAGCCUUCAUUGCAAAGACCCUCAGUUUGUUCCUGGUCAGGAGAGAUGGUCAGGAAAACCACAUGGGCCUGGUAAAGCCACUGUUGUGGCGCAGUAGUGUAUAAUUUCAUUGGAUACACCUAAUGUGAUAUCUCUGAUCUGUGCAUCAAAUUUAAUUAUGUACCCAAUGUGCAUUAACACCUAUGACAUCAGUCAUUUUUAGCAUCUUGUGUUUUUUUGAAUCUGUAAAGUAAAUGUGAAAAUAAAUUCUAAGGCCAGAAGAAAAA